AUGGCUCCGACUACCCAGAAAUCUCUUAUCCUGCCGGAGAAGCAGGGUCAGUGGCUCGUCGGCGAACAGCCGGUGCCCACCCCCGGCCCGAAGGACAUUCUUGUCAAGAUCACUGCCACCGCGCUGAAUCCGGUUGACUGGAAGAUCCAGGCGUACGGCUACUUCAUCGAGAACUUCCCCUUCGUCGGCGGCACGGAUGGUGCCGGCAUCGUCGAGGAGGUCGGCUCCGAGGUCACGAACUUCGCCAAAGGAGACACAGUUGUCUUCCAAGGAUGGUUCGAGAACCCGAAGGCGACUUUCCAGCAAUACGCCAUCGUCGCUGCCGAGAUCGUCGCAAAGGUCCCGAAGAACAUUACCGCUGAUCAAGCAGCCUCGAUUCCUCUCGGUCUCGCGACUGUCGUGACCGGUCUGUACAACCACAACCCAAAGGCUAAGACCAUUAGCUUCCCCGCGCCCUGGGAAGAGGGCGGCACCACCAAGUUUGCCGGAAAGCCCGCGUUCAUCAUCGGCGGCUCGUCGUCCGUCGGCCAGUACGCGAUCCAGCUCGCGAAGCUGUCCGGGUUCUCGCCCGUAAUCGCAACCUCGUCGCUCCGCCACGAGGAGUUCCUCAAGUCCAUCGGUGCAGCGCACGUCAUCGACCGCACGCUCCCCGCGGCCACCAUCGCGGCCGAGGUCGCGAAGCUCACCGGCGGCAAGCCGGUUGAGUUCGUCUACGACGCAGUCUCGCUCCCGGACACACAACCGCUCGCGUACGAAGUCCUCGCGCCUGGCGGCCACCUCCUGCUCGUUCUCCCGGAUUCCGUCCCUGCGGAGAAGAAGAAGGAGGGCGACAACAAGACGAUCGUGACCGUGUUCGGAAAUGUGCAGACGCCGGAGAACAGGGAGGUUGGUGUCGCGCUGUACAGCCGGCUCACGGAGUGGCUCGAGACGGGCAAGCUUGUGCCCAACCGCGUAGAGGUGCUUCCCAAUGGUCUUGCCGGUAUCAUCGAUGGGCUCGAGCGCAUGAAGAAGGACCAGGUGAGCGGGACGAAGCUCGUCGCCCGUCCGCAGGAGACGGAAUAA